AUGACCCCAACUAACAUCGAGUCACAUCAAGCCAACUACAAAGGUUCCUUAUCAUAUUCAAAUUUUAACGUAAAAAACAAGCUGAAAAUCUCCUUUGAAGAAAGAUUUUUCCUCGAUGCAUCAGACGACGAAACCGAUAAAGAACAAAAAGUUCCUGUGCGAAGGAAAACUCGACGUCGACGGAUUCGUGAAAGGGUCUCCGCUCAAUUGGCAGAAGUUGCCACCUCGUAUGGACUGGUCAGAUUCCAUCCCUUGGUGGUUACAGAUGAGAAGCUACUUCAAGUUGUGCUCUCCCACGCGAAUUCCGCGAUCGGAAUGAAAAUCGGAGAUGAGGAUCUUCUUCUUGCGGCAAACCGAGAUGCUGAUUUUGAGUUUAUGGGUAGCACUGCAUUUGCCCAAGAGGAAUACAUCGACAAAUUUCACGAAAACAGCUGA